AAAAGCUCAUCUUCACCUUGAGUUCACGAACUCCACUGACAAGGCGCCUCAAAUUGACCAGAGCCAACUUCCGCUGGUCAAAGCCAUUGCACAUUCGACCCUUUCUCAUCAAUUGCCAGAGCAAGUCUUCGCAGUUGUCUGCCACACACCAUGGCACCGGCUGAAGUGAUGGAUCCUGAUGCCGAUAUCGACAUGCUCGCGGCAGACGAUAUUGACGAGCGCGAACGUCUCAUCAAUGAGGAAUACAAGACAUGGAAGAAGAACUCGCCGUUCUUAUACGAUAUGAUUCUCGGAAAAGCUCUCACAUGGCCUACAUUGACGUGUCAAUGGUUCCCGGACGUAAAAGAUGUUCCAGCGGAUAACUUUCGCACACAUCGCCUCCUCCUGGGCACGCAUACAUCCGAUGACAGUCCCAACUAUCUUCAAAUCGCUGAUGUUCAAAUUCCGAAAGCUGCGACACCAAACCCCGAUGACUACGAUGAGGAGCGUGGGGAGAUUGGCGGCUAUGGAAAGUCAGGAGACGUGGCGGCUCUCAAGUGCGACAUUGUCCACAAGAUUGAGCACCCUGGGGAAGUAAACAAGGCGCGCUAUCAGCCUCAGAACCCUGAUAUCAUCGCUACGUUCUGUGUGGACGGGAGAAUCCUGAUUUUCGACCGCACGAAGCACCCUCUGCAGCCCGCCAACCCUGGCCAGAUCAACUCCCAGCUUGAGCUCGUCGGACACAAGUCGGAGGGUUUUGGCCUGAACUGGAGCCCGCAUGAAGAGGGCUGUCUGGCCUCUGGAAGUGAGGACGCCACGAUGCGCUUGUGGGAUCUCAAAAAGCUCGAGGCUGACACAAGGGUUCUGAAACCCUCCCGAACGUACACUCAUCACAGCCAGAUUGUGAAUGAUGUCCAAUACCAUAAUGUCUCAAAGUACCUCAUCGGCUCGGUCUCCGAUGAUCAGACUCUCCAGAUCGUCGACUUGCGUUCGAAAGAAACGGACAAGGCAGCAGUUGUUGCCCGAAAAGGUCACCUUGAAGCAAUCAAUGCUCUUUCAUUCAAUCCUACCUCCGAAGUUUUGGUGGCAACUGCUUCAGCCGACAAGACUAUUGGCAUUUGGGAUCUGCGGAACACUAAGGAGAAGGUUCACACACUCGAGGGCCACAAUGAUGCUGUGACGUCCCUUUCAUGGCAUCCCACGGAGGCGGGCAUCCUGGGAAGUGGCAGUUAUGACCGACGCAUCAUCUUCUGGGACCUCGCACGUAUUGGCGAGGAGCAGCUCCCGGACGACCAGGACGAUGGGCAGCCUGAGCUACUCUUCAUGCAUGGUGGCCACACUGCCCACCUUGCCGACUUUAGCUGGAAUCCGAACGAGCCCUGGCUGGUGGCCAGUGCUGCCGAGGAUAACUUGCUGCAGAUCUGGAAGGUAGCGGAGUCGAUUGUGGGCAAAGACGACGGCAAUCUGCCUGUCGAAGAGCUCAACCAAUAGGUCAGGUGGAAGUUCGCGUUGGCUUUUGAUGCCCAGCGCCGGCGGUCUGCGUAGGGUUAUGAGGCUAGGCAGCUUGUGCGACUAUCAAAGCAGAAAUUGAGAAGAUGGAGGAUGAUUAGCAAUAGUUCGUUGACCUCCGAAAAUUUAGCUGAUCAAAACUACAUACAUGAGUCUGGUACAGCCUUUUGUGCCAGCCAGCUAGCCGUCACCUUAUGCUCACCCUGC